UGCAGAAAGUUGAUGUUAUUUCUGCCAAAUUUCUUGCAGAAAGUCGAUGUUAUUUCUGUCCAACUUCGUGCAAAAAGUCGAGUAUUUCUGUUAAAUUUCUCACAGAAAGUCGACUCAGUUUCUGCCAAAUUUUUAGCUCUCCCGCACUCCCAAAAACAAUCGGGAACCCUGAUCGACAUUUUUAUUUUUGAAAUCGAAAAUAGUUUAGUGAUACUUUUUGAUUCUUGUUAGGUACAGCAUUAAAAAUUCUUUUUGCUGAAAAUCCAAUACAAUUACAACGUUCAGAACUUGUUUCACUUAUUAAUGGUUUUACUCAAUUAUCUACGACAGUCGACGUAUUUGAUCUUGUUAUGUUUUAUUUGCGCUCAAAUAUGAAUAAUCAACAUGAUUUAUAUGUCUAUUUUCAGAUGGCUACUAGUGUUAGUCCUGCAUCAUCGCCGUCAAGCACUCCAACGAAUUCGAGUAAUCUUUCAAGUUUUAUACCAUGUCCACAUACAUUUGUUGCUACAAGAGUUAAACAAAAUCAUACAUACGAUGGUACCUUUUCGGACACUCAUCAACGACCAAUUGUUCCGCGUGUAUGUCGUCUACGAACAAAUAAUAAUACCAUGGCUAUCUAUGCACUUGUUGAUCCAAUGGAUACAAAUAUGAUUGCAUCUGAUGUUUGUGUUAAUAUGCUUGUUGAACAAUUAAGUCAAAUAUCAUUCGAAGAUGAAUCAUAUAAAAAGAAAAUUAGUGAUAGUAUGCAACAAAUUUUUUAUGAAACAGAAAAUCGUCUAUUACAAAUGACAUUUGACCAUGCAGAAGAAAAAGCAACAUUAACACCAACAAUUGAUGCUACUGCUGAAAAAUGUUUACCUUCAUUAGAUGAAGCUCAAUCUGGUGCUUUUUUAUUUGCUGCUACUGUUACACAAUCAAAUGUUUACGUUGCAUAUGUUGGAACUAUUCGAGCUUUUCUUAUAACGAAUAAUAAUGGUGAGUUACGUAUAUCUAAUAAUCGACCACAAUAUUACCAUAAUGGUUCAUUACAUACAAUUGAUAAUGAGGAUGAAAGUCUUCGAUUAAGAAAUCUUAAUGUUAAUCUUACACAAGUAAGAAAUGAAGGUUUAGAUAAUAAUCAUUCGAAAUUUACUCGAUGCAUUGGAAAAUUAUCUGAAAAAUUACUUUCAUCAGCAGCAUCAGCUAAUGAUGUUAAUGAAGCACGAUGUAAUGCACUUGUAUGUGAACCAAGAUUGGAAAAAUUUCGAAUCAGUCCUCAAGAUUAUGCACUUGUUAUGAUGACUGAUAAACUCUAUGAAAUGUAUUUAAAAACAGGUAUUUCUGAAGAAGAAAUUCCAACUGAUUUUAUUGCUCUUCUUUAUGAAUCUAUAAAGACAGUCAAUCCAGCACAACGUAUUCUUACUACAAUUGAAGAGCGAUUACAAAAAAUGAAUGAUUGUAUUAACGAAGACAUUGCUCUUCAAGAUAUGGGUUUACUUAUUCAUUUUUUUCAUCAACCAAAAAAUAUAAAUCAAAAUCCUCAAUUAUCAAUUAAACCAAAUACAAUACGACGAAUUGUUGAUGGUGAAGUAACUGUUGAUGAAGUCAAAAAUUUUAUUAUCAAACAUAAUGAAAUACAACAAAAACGAGAAAAAAAUCGUAAUGCAUCAAGAACUACUGGACAUAAGCGUGAAAAUCAAACACAUUCCAGUACAAUUGAACCAUUUGUUCGAUUUGAUGUUUAUGAAAAAUUAUUAAAUGAUAAUGAAGAAUUACGUCAAGCAGACAAAUUUAUUACUGAUCUUCUUUAUACUCAAUCGACAUCUGCUAUGGAUGAGAAAUUAACAGAAUUUUUAAAAGAACAUCCAACUUUAAAAUGUGAUUGA